GUCAUGGAGAGGUCGGGGAGUACGGGGCUGGCGGUCCGUAGGUCCCGGCACAAUGUGGUUAGCUCUGCGGCAGGACCCGGACAUGGGAACCGGCGGGAAGAUAACGGGGGCAAUGAUCGCAAGUCUCGGAGCCGAAGCUUGGUGUUCGGAGCCGGAGUCCCGGCUGUACUGCUGCUCUAUGUGCUGGGGGUGAGAGCUCUGGUGCACUUCUCACUGCAGCAGCUGGUGACACCUGGUACCCGCAGCACCGACUUCAAUGCCAGCUCUGCCAGGAUUUACUUGGAGCAUAUUACCGCUAUAGACUCCAGGACAGUAGGGAGCCCUGCAAAUGAAAUCCUUACCGUGAACUACUUAUUGGACAGCAUCAACGAGAUUGAAAAGAAGAGCAGCAAGGCCCACAAAAUCACAGUUGAUAUCCAGCGGCCUACUGGAACAUUCAGCAUAGACUUCCUUGGAGGUUUUACCAGCUACUAUGAUAAUAUAACUAACAUUGCUGUGAAAUUGGAGCCAACUCUGGGGGCACAACAUGCGGUUCUAGCAAAUUGCCACUUUGACUCUGUAGCCAACACCCCAGGUGCCAGUGAUGAUGCCGUUAGCUGUGCCGUUAUGCUUGAAAUCUUGAGUUCCUUGUCGAGCGCAUCUGUUCCUCUGAAGCAUGCAAUCAUAUUCCUUUUCAAUGGGGCAGAAGAGAACAUUUUGCAGGGCAGUCAUGGGUUCAUCACACAGCACCAAUGGGCCAAGCUGGUUCGUGCUUUUAUCAACCUGGAGGCUGCAGGAGUAGGAGGGAAAGAGCUGGUAUUUCAGACUGGUCCUGAAAAUCCAUGGCUCGUACAAGCCUAUUCUGAAGCUGCUAUUCACCCAUUUGCAUCGGUGGUGGCCCAAGAAGUUUUCCAAAGCGGCAUCAUUCCUGCAGACACCGAUUUCCGUAUUUACAGGGAUUUUGGCAAUAUACCAGGCAUUGACCUGGCUUUCAUUGAAAAUGGCUACAUAUACCACACAAAGUAUGACACCGCAGACCGGAUUCAUACAGACUCUAUCCAGAGGGCAGGUGACAAUAUACUGGGUGUUCUCCGGUAUUUGGCGACCUCUCCCCUGCUCGCUGACUCCUCAGAGUUUCGCCAUGGCAAUUUGAUCUUCUUUGAUGUCUGUGGCAUGUUUGUGGCAUCUUAUCCAGCACGCAUUGGAACUAUUAUAAACUAUGUUAUAGCUGUUGUCACUCUAUUUUACCUGAGCAAAAAGACUAUUAAAUAUAGAAGAGGAGGUAUAAACUAUGCCCGAGACCUCAUGAUUGGCCUGUUCAUCAGUGUAACCAGUUGGAUCUCUGCUCUCGUAACGGUCCUCAUUCUAGCGGUGCUAGUUUCUCUCACUGGCAACGCCUUGUCCUGGUAUACACACUUUUAUGUUGCUGCGAGUUUGUAUGGAGCUGCUGCUGUGGCCAAGCUGAUACUGAUACACACAAUGGCCAAAACCUUCUACUUUGCUAAUACAAGUAGACAGUAUUUGGGAGACCUGUUCUUCGACGUUUCCUUACUGUCAUGCGGCAUUCCAAUGAUGCUUCUUACUCAGAAGGGCCUGUGCUCCGCGUACUUCUUCGCCAUGUGGAUGAUUUUUCCAUUAGUCACAAAAGUGAUUGCUGAACAAGAAUCUGUCCAUCGAGGUUCUUCUUAUAGAUACAUAGCAGUCUAUCUGCUGGGAAUGUUUUAUCCUUAUUUGCACACAACCUAUCAUGUAUGGGCUGUUUUUGAGAUGUUCACACCUAUAUUUGGCCGCAGUGGUACAGAAAUUCCACCAGACGUUGUGAUGGCUUCCUUCUUUGUCAUUUGCACUAUCAUUUCAAUGACUUGUUUUGUCAAGUUCAUUUAUCUUGUCAAGAGCACCAAAACAACAAUACUGUUGUUGGCUGUUGUGUCUGCUGUGACCUUUAUCCUUGUGUGUUUUGGGGUGUUCUUCCCCUACAGUGCCAGUAUGGACAGCCCCAAGCCAAAGAGAAUCUUCCUACAGCACACAACCCGAUUGUUCCACAAUUUGAAUGGAGAUGUGAUAAAGCGAGAUUCUGGGAUAUGGGUAAAUGCCUUUGAUUACAAUGGAAUAACACACCUCACGCCUCAUGUACCGGAAUUAAAUGAUACAGCAAGGGCUCAAUGUGAUGUCGGUCCAUUCUGUGGGUUCCCUUGGUAUUUCCCUGUGCAUCAGUUACUCAGAAAAAAUUGGUACAUUCCUGCUUCUCCUCCUCCAGUCAAAAAGGACAUGGACUUUAAACUGGAAUCCAAAGAAGAAAUGCCCUGGGGUACUAUACGCCUGAACUUUGAAGUUAAAGGGCCCAGUCAUAUAACCGUGUACAUCCGUCCAUAUGAAACGUGUGUGCUGUCCAGCUGGUCCUUGGGUGAUGGGAUACCACUAUCUGGCAGUGGGGGGGACUAUUUUAUAUAUUAUUCCCAUGGCUUGCAUGCUCCUGCAUGGAAAUUCUGGAUUGAAGUUAAGGGCUCAGACGGACACCUUGAUGGAAUAGUCACAGUUGCAGCCGCUUCACAUUACUUCUUUGGGGAGAAUCAACACUCUCCUGAGCUUGACUCUUUACUGCAGAGGUUCCCAACCUGGAGCUUUCCAUCCGGCUGGGUCAGUUCAUAUAAGCAGUAUGUGUAUUGAUGUCUUUCUAUGCAAGCAUCACCAUAGUGCUCUAUGUGCAUGCACCAUAACAACGUUAAGGGGAAAGGAAUAUGAGGAACGCAUUUGUAUUAACUCUAUGACUGCAAUGACACAUGGACCACUGCAGUUAUUCGCUCUGAUACUUGGGGAAUUGGUUGAUUUCAUAAUGAUGAAAGCUGCACUGAAUCUUCUCAAUGGACGUGGAAAUACAUUGAACUGAAUAUAUCCUGUGUAUCUUGAACUAGUCUCAUGCAAAGAACAUUAUAUAUGGACUUUUUAAUAUUUUUCACACUGGGUCAUCCUUGUUUACAUUGUGGUCUAAACUAAUGCUACCUGUAUGUCUGUAUUAUAACCCUCAUCAUCUGGAUCAGCUAGUCCUAAUAUGCAAUGUCUGACAGGCUGCAUUGUCACAUGUGCUCAAAUACAUGGAAAGCAGGAGUUUGCUUAUGUCAAGAGUCAUCUCUCUUCACACAACCAUGUGUCUUUUUCUGUAUUUUGUGGUCCACAAAAAAUGGAUCCACAAAAAAUACAGAUGACGUCAGUGUUCAUUACAUAUUUUGUGGAACAGCUGGCCCCUAAUAGAACAGUACUAUCCUUGUCCGUUACACGGACAAUAAUGUGACAAGUUCUCUCUUUUAGCGGAACAGAUAUACAGAAACGGAAUGCACACUGAGUACAUUCCGUUGUUUUUUUUUUUUUUUGUGGAACCAUUGAAAUAAUUGGUUCCGCAUACGGACACCGCAAAAACGGGACGGAAACAAAAUACUGUUGUGUGCAAGAGGCCUUAGAGACAGUACCCCAAAACUGCUUCAUAUCUUGUACUAAGGUGUUCCUUGAUAGUAAUUACAUUGCAGAUGUAUUUAAAAAAAAAAAAAAGCCUGUUAGCUCUCCUAACCUAUUCAGAUAUAUUUUCUUAAAACACUGCAUUGUGCCGUUACUCAGUUUUUCCUUCUGGUAUUUACAACUAGGAGCUACUAUUAUUAGUGUCUCUACGGACUAACAAUGUUCAGUCAAUGCUGACCGUGUCCUAGACAGAGACAGUUAUACCAAGGGUUAGUAACAUUAACAGAAGAAAAGCACAACGCAGAGCUAUAAGAAAAGAUGCCCCUGACAUGUCUGUUUUAGUAAAUACCAUGUGCCUCGUAAGAAAACCAUUGCAGAUGAAAAGAGCUAACGGUCAACCAGGUGACUGCAUUUCUGUGCUCGAAACAUGACAGAAGGAAUUGGAACUUGUCUGCCACCUACUGGAACUAGUUUUUGUAUAAGGUCAAAUAUCUUUUACUAUAGAUUUAUAAACUGCAGAUAGAUCGGGUUUUGGAUUUUAUGAUCCAGUUUUCAAAAAAAUGUUUGCAUAUCAGAUCGAAGACCCAUUUAUGUCAGUUGGGCUGCAAAAGCACGUCUGCUGUCCGCAUUAGUUUGUCUGUUUCUCUAGCUCGUUAUAAAAAAUAAAAAAAAAUAGAACAUAUACCAUUCUUGUCUGAUACAGGAGAUAAAAAAAAAAAAAAAAAUGAUUUGUAUGCUCACAGCUGG